AUGAGAGAAUAUCACUACAGAAAACCAAGAAGCUACAGUAGUAAAAGUGUUACGUUAAGAAAUCGCCUCAUCGCCCUCCUGGCAGCUAUUGCUUUGGUCGUCUACGGACUCUCUGGUGGAUUUUCAAGCUCCUCAAGUGCAUCUGGAACUUCUAAUGGAGGAAAUGUUGCCGAUCCAAAUAUCUUUUACACAAUCGUCUUUGAUGCGGGCUCGUCUGGAUCAAGAAUCCAUGUUUAUCAAUUCACGAGGAAAAACGGAAAACUGGAAAUGCUUUACGAGCUUUUUGAGCAAGUGAAACCUGGCCUUUCUUCCUACGCUGCUGAUGUUAAUGGCGCUGUCAAAUCCAUCGAUGACCUCCUUACACACGCAAAGAACUACAUUCCAAAAGAAAAUUGGGCCGACACUCCGCUUGAUCUAAAAGCUACUGCUGGUCUCCGCCUUCUUCCAGAAGCUCAAGCCAACGCGAUCAUCGACGGUGUCACUAAGCUCUUACGAGACUCUCCCUUCAAAGUCGGCGCAAAUGGUGUUGAAAUCAUGGCCGGAUCAGACGAAGGUGUCUUCGCCUGGAUGACCGUCAAUUUCCUCCUAGGAGCUCUUGGUGGAAGUGGUAUUCAAAACACUAAGCCUACCAUUGAUCUUGGUGGCGGAUCCAUGCAGCUCACGUUCCAUCCUAAGUCUGCGUCUACUGUUGAGGCAGCUCCAGAAGGUUAUGUUAUCAAGAAAACACUCUUUGGAGAAGAAUUCGACAUCUACUCUCAUUCAUACCUUGGUCUCGGUCUCAAUUCCGCCCGAGAAAAGCUCUUUGGAGGUCCUCCACCAGAGAAAACCCAAGUCACUCAGGCUCAAUCACCAUGUUUUCCAAGCGGCAAACAUAUCGAGUACACAAAUGCUGGCAGUACUUAUUCCAUCUCCGGCGACGAAGGCGGCUUCCAAGGAUGUCUCGGCAUGGCACGAGCAGCAGUGAAUAGCUUCGCGGUUGAUAAGCCAAAGGAAAUCCUAAACGAAGACAUCUAUGCAUUUUCAUACUACUUCGACAAAGCUGCUGACGCCGGCCUGAUCGAUGAGAGCAAAGGAGGAAAGCUGAAAGUGGGUGAUUACUCGAAAGCGGCUGAGCACGCCUGUGCAAAUCAUGACAAAGACGAGUGGCUUUGCACUGACUUGUCAUUGAUCACCGCUCUUUUGGAAAGCCUGGGUCUGCCCGAGGAUCAAACUCUCCAAGUCUACAAAAAGAUCAACGGUGGCGAAACCGCCUGGGCUCUUGGAGACGCUUUCCAGCUUAUUUAG